CGAUCCGUGUCUCGGGGCUCCGCUGAGCGUCCUGUCCUGGGCCAGCACGGAGCCAGAUCCGGGUUUCGGUGUUUUCCUUCGCUGUCAGACACCUUGAAACGAUCGCGGCCGUUUUUUUCAUCCGGAGCUCAUCCGUUAACCGUCCGCAGUCCGGUUGGGUUGGAACGGGACCGGCGGACACACGGGACCGGGAGAACCGCUGCCUUGCGUCAAAGCGGCUAAAUCUAACCCGGGUUAGUCCGGUCACCGGCCACGUUCCCCCGGUAGCUAACCGGCCAGCACACCGGGUUAUUCUUGGCUCGGUCGCUACCGCACACAUGCUCCGUGUCCGCCGUGGGAGCCUCGCCGACGUCUGUGUCAGCGGAGGCGGCUACUGAGCUAGCUAACUGGGCUAACCCGGCUAACCGGGGCUCCGGUACCGGCGGAACCGAACCGCUCAAUUUCAUAGCUAAAAAAAAAAAAAAAAAUACCGAGAGGGAAUCUCAGUUAAUUGCGUAACACCGGCGCCGUAUGAGGCCCAGCUGACGACAUGGACCUGAACUUCUACUCGGAUUUGACGGACGGAACCGGACAGCACGACGGGGACCCGGAGUUCCUGGACCCGCAGUCCUUUAACGGGUUCGACUCGGACAACAAGUUCCCUGGAGGCAGCGACAACUACCUGACGAUCUCUGGGUCUGGUCAUCCCUUCCUGUCCUCCUCAGAGACGUUCCACACGCCCAGCCUCGGCGAUGAAGAGUUCGAGAUCCCUCCCAUUUCUCUGGACCCGGACUCGGCCCUCACCGUGUCCGACGUGGUGUCCCAUUUCGGGGAGCUGUCAGACACCGGCCCCUCCGACAGUGUGGUGGUACCUGGGAACGCCGUGGUGGAAGGGGACGAUCCCUCCUUCGCCUCCACCUUCGUCAGCGCUCCAUCACAGGGGCUGGAACACCUAAGUCUGGGGGUCAUGAACCAGUCGGCAGGAAGCGCUCUGUUGGGAUCGUCACUGGGGAUGGAUCUCGGUCACCCCAUUGGCUCUCAGUUCAGCAGCUCGUCCCCAGUGACCAUUGACGUCAGUGACAUGGGCCAGAGCUUACUGGGGUCCAACCAGCUGACCACUAUCGACCAAUCAGAGCUUAGUGCUCAACUGGGACUCGGCCUGGGAGGCGGGAACAUACUGCAGCGACCCCAGUCGCCCGAAAACCCUUUGUCGGCUACAGCGUCGCCCACCAGCUCACUACAGGACGACGACAUGGACGACUUCAGAAGGAGCGUCCUCGUUGAGUCUCCAGUCUCUCUGGCGGUCUCCCCUGGUGUCAUCUCCCUGGACCCCUCCCUGUCCGAUGCCCCUCUAUCAGCCCCAACAUCCAGUGUCUCCUCGGCGGUCGGACGGAAAGGAGGUCCAGGAGGAGGCAAGAAGGGCAAGAAGAAGAAAGACCCUAAUGAGCCUCAGAAACCUGUGUCGGCCUACGCUUUGUUCUUCAGGGACACACAGGCAGCUAUCAAGGGCCAGAAUCCCAAUGCUACGUUUGGAGAGGUUUCCAAGAUAGUGGCCUCGAUGUGGGACAGUCUGGGAGAGGAACAGAAACAGGUUUACAAGAGGAAAAAUGAAGCGGCAAAGAAGGAUUACUUGAAGGCGCUGGCAGAGUACCGGGACGGCCAGAAUUCUCAGGCUCCCAUUGAGGUGAUGGACACCUCCCCAUCACCUCCUCCUCCUCCACCUCCUGUCGUCACCGCCUCACCGGCCGCCGGCCCCGCCACUCGCCCCACCAGGUCCCAGCACUACAACCCCGAGGAGAACACCAUCACCAACAUCUGCACCUCCAACAUCAUCCUGGAUCUGCCUCAGGUCACCACACGCUCCCGCACCGGCGCCAUCAAGCCCCAGCCUCCGCCCGCCGCCCCCAACCCCCCCACCGUCACCAAGAUCAUCAUCAAGCAGACGCCGCUGCCCUCCGGCGGCGUGUCCGUCACGGCGACGCCCGCCUCCUCGCCACGCCAGCCACCGCCGCUGCAGCAGAUGCAGAGCACGCCACCUCCACCUCGGCUGCAGCAGAUGGUCCACGCCCAGGCUCCGCCCCCUCUGCAGGCCAAGCCUCGAGGCGGAGGCGCCACCGCCGCCACCGCUCCUCCUCCGCUGCAGAUAAAGGUCGUCCCGUCAUCGCGCCAGGCGGAUUCCAGCGCGCCGAUCAUCGUGACGUCAGCCGGCGAAGCAGCAACGUCGUCCUCGGCUCUGAAGGUGGAGGUCGGACAGACGGCGGGCGUGGUGGCGGCUGGAGAGGAAGUAGCAGAAGGAGAGGACGGGAUGGAGGUGGAGGUGACCGUCGCUCCGGGUCACAGUGUGACUUCUGCUUCAAACCCCAGCAUCUGUGUUCGUGCCGGCUGCACCAAUCCGGCCGUGGAGAGCAAAGACUGGGACAAGGAGUACUGUAGCAACGAGUGUGUCGCCACACACUGCAGAGACGUCUUCAUGGCCUGGUGCGCCAUCCGAGGACAGAAGUCCACCACGGUCACAUAGGGAAGGACGGCAGAGACUAGAGGACAAAAACUGGACAUGAAAAUCAAACGAACAGAGAGAACGACUCAGCUCGUGAUGGUUUGUUUUAUCGCGUGGCCUCGGGGACAAAGACAGGAAAGUCUUUAACGUUGUGGUAGUUUAUUUUCCUGUGGUUCUCUCCCUGCACAAGUGACUCUCCAGCAGAAUAAAACUAAAUCCUGCAGACGGCUGAAUUGAAAAACACUGAAGAAGAAACCUCCACACAUUUCCUCUCGGUCAUGGAUCGUGAAUUUAACGUAUGGAAUUGUUAAAAAAACAAAAAGAUCAUUUUAUAUGGACUCGUGGUGUUUUUAAUUGUUUUGAGAAGCUCCUCGCCGACGUGUUCAGUUUAUUUUAUUCAUUUCCAAACCUUCACCUCCACAAGUUCUUCCCUUUACUGUUACAGCGAUUAAUGUGAACCAAGUCUGGACGUUUUUCUGCGAUCUGUGGCGACUCUGGAAAAGACCCGACGAAGCACAAACCGUCUUAAAGCGCAAGAAGCCAUUUUGAUGAAUCCGCCAAAAGCUACACGCUGUUCGUCACCUUCAAAAGCCACUUUAGUCGAAUAGAAACCCUCUGAAUGGACGGUGUUUACGCUCCGAACAGGUGCUACGAUUCAGGAAAAACAAACGUCGUCGUCUGUCGUCCUUUGAUGCUGAAGAGCUUCUGAAUAUGUGGUGCAGAUUCUGCUUCGCGACGACUUGUGGUGAAAAUUUCUGUUUUUUUGAGGAUUUUAAAAAGAAAAAGAUACAUACUGGAAUGAAAUGAACACACCAGCUCUGAUGAACACGACUUACUGUAAAGGGAAAGGGAAUACAGUAUAAAAGCUUUAUUUUUUAACACGACGUCUGUUGAAUCAUGGAGGAAGGGAUGCGUGCUUCCAAAAAGAAAUAAUAAAAGAACAAGACAGCGGCCAGUCUGGUUUAUUGGAAAUGUUUUUAACUGGGAAAUAAACAUACUUUUUGUUUUAA